UAUCAGUUUUUUCGUCGUCGUCGGUGCGCAUUCGAUAGAGUCACCAACCAAAUCGGAACUGUCUUCAGUUCAACGACAACAUACAAGAAACAAAUCUGAACGACAGCAAGAAAAAAAAUACGAAAUAAAUUGUCGCAAAGUGCGAAAUUGUUUGGUCAAAAGUAAAUUUUCAGUUUGUGUUAUAUCAGUUUGUUGAAUUUUUUCUCCUCACGGUUUUUGUUCGGUGGAAAAAAAUUCGUUGCGAUUCCUUCAGUUUUUUUUUUUGUUCGGAUCUGUGAAUUCGGUUGAAACUUGUUUUGACUCAUAAUAUUGGCUGUGUGCCCGUAAAAUAAAGUCACAUCGCGCAAGUGAAAUAUCACAGCCAAAAUAAACCAAUUUUUUUAAAAUAAUAAUAAUUAUUAUUAUGUUCGGUUUUAACUGAGCCAGAAAUCAUUUUUCCGUUUUCUUUGUGUAAUUUUUUUGGCGUCGAUAUAUUCUUUUUGUGUGUUUCCUUUUGUGCGGGGUCAACACAAACGUGUUUGUUUUUUUUUUUUUAAUUUGUUUCAUCGUCAAUCGAGAGCAAGUGUUUGAUAACAUUCUCGAAAAACUUAAACUACGAUUUGGAUUUGGCUAGUUUUGCUACAGAUUUGACGCAUUUUCACACAAACUUUUGACUCUUGAGAAAUAAACACAAGGGAUUUUUGAUACACGUGAAUUUUAAACAGUGAUUGAAUAGUUUUCAAAGUUUCUGUUUUUAACAAGAAUUUUUCUUCUUCUAAAAUUUGAAAAGAAAACCGCGCAAAGAAGAAAAAAAAACGCUGAAACAAAAAAAAUCGAACCAAAAAUCAGAAAGAAGAAGAAAAACUAACGAAAAAAAGAUCGAAAUGAAUGUCAAAAACUGGUUGCAUUUGGAAGAGUUGGAUACAUAGAAAAAGAGUAUUUUGAUCAAUAAAAAAAAACGAAGAAAAAAAAUCUUUGAACAAAAAGAACAAAGAAGCAAAGAAAAAAACACGCGGUGAAAAAACGCUAAAAGUGUGUGUUUGUUUGUUUGGUUUGUCGAGCAAAGAAUGACAUCGGCAUCAGGAGUGCGGGCAACAGCGGAUGUACCAAACAAUAGUGAGCCCGAAAGUCUCGACAGCCUAGCCUACGAUGAUUGGGAGGGUCAAUUUGAAUUUGUUGGCAAUAAUAACAACAACAAUAACAAUAGCAGCAGUAGUACGAAUAACAGUGACACGGCCAGUACGACCAGUGAUGUGGAAGAUUUAAAUUUGGCCGCACCCAAUAGAUAUUCCAGCGUACAACACAAUCAUCAUCAUCAGCACAAUCAGCAGCAAUUGUUACGGAAUUGCCCGAUUUUAAUCGAUGAAGAAACAUUCUUGAGCAUGCAAUCAAGCGAUGAACCAUAUUCAACAUUGCUACCGGAACAACCGAAUCAAUUGAUCGAAAACGCUUUGAAACACUUACAAUUUGACAAUCGAGUGCCAUCAAUGCCCCAUAAUAAAUUGAAUAAUUCACAAAAUCACACAAACACCGCCAAUCAAAUCGAUGUAAAUAAUUCGUCUAGUUUAAGCAUCAACCACCACAACCACAACGAAAAUAUCAUUGCGAUGAAAAAUCGACGAAACUGUCAAACACAGCAAAGCGACAGCAAUAACAAUCAUAACAGCUGUUGCCAUUCGGAUAACGCAUUUAAAAUGUCCGAUAUGAAUUUUGCGCAUGAGCUGUAUGACUCCUUGCUUAAGGAACAAUUGGAAAUAUUGCAACGUCAAGUGAGCACACUAGCCGACUCACAGAGCACUGCAGAGGAUCGUACAUCACGAACAAAAACCGAGCAUGCCGUGCUUCAGGCACGAUAUCACAUGCUCGAAGAUCAACUCAGAGAGGUCGAACUUCGUGCCGAAGAGCGGAUAAACGAAGAACAAAAGCGGCAUCGUGAAUUGUUAGCACGUGUCGAACGCGAAGCCAUUUUGCAAAAUGAAAAUUGCCAAAUUAAAAUACGCACCAUCGAAUUAGAAACAAACAACCUGAGAGAGGAACUGCAAAGACUUCGAACACAAUAUGAUAAACAAACGGCUGAACUGCGCGCUACCGAGGAAAAACUUGAGGAUGCCUGCGAUAAUUUGACAAUGGCACGUGAAGAACUCACGGAAGCGAAGGAAAAUGUGAAAAAAUAUCUAUCGGAGAAGCUGGCUGCCGAGGACCUGAUGAUUGAAUUGGGCAAAGAAGUGGAGCGUUUGCGAUCGGAAAGUGGUCCAGCAAUGCCAACAACGUCUCCCGAAACGCUACGCCUUGAAGAGUUGCAUCAAGAACUGGAAGAGUUGCGUCAGUCAAAGAAGCAAUUGAUCGAACAAAAUGAAGAAUUACAAGCGAUGGUUUUAACGCGUGGUGUCGAAGAGGGUCGAAACCUACUGAACGGCACGUCAAACAGCUUGGCACAAGAAAUUGAUGAGUUAAACGAUCGACAGGAUUCUGUUGAUUCAGCAACAUUAGCCUCUUUAACUAAGUUACAAGCGGCAUAUCAGGAGAAAGAGGAGGAAAAUCUACGACUGAAGCAUUAUAUUGAUACCAUUCUAUUGAAUAUUGUGGAAAAUUAUCCGCAAAUCUUAGAAGUUAAGACAGAGGCCGUGUCAAGCAAGCGAUAAAGCGCACAGAACAACAUCAAUACAAUGCCAACCGCGAUCGGUUGAAAAAUUUCCAAUGGAAAUUCAGUCAUUUUGAUAUGGAUCUAGCACAAUAAUUUAAUUUUCAUAGAGAAACGACUUGCUAAUUAGAUACAAUUUAUAAAUAUAGACAUAUUUUGUUUUUAAAUUAAUCUUCUUCUUUUUUAAACUUUGUACAGUGUUUGUAGAAAGUCGUGUCUGUUCUGAUAAUAUCGCUCCCCCCGCCCAUUUUGUUUACGUCGAAACUGUCGAUGGUUUUUCGUGUAUUUUAUUUUAGAUUUCUUCAUUUUGUUCCCCGUCCAAAUUUCAAUUGUACACAUUUUGCUCAAAACCAUGGUUCUGUGCGCUUUAUGAUUGUAUAUACACCAUGAACUAAUUUACGGCUUCUCUUUACGUUUCAUUUUAGACAAUAAAAUCAUGAACGAACGUAAUAAUGAGUUAUAAUCAGUUUUUUUUAUUAAGUGGCUUAGCUGCAACGUUUAGGUAGAAUUCAGCCAAGUUUAAGGUUGUUCGAUGGAUCAAUUAAGGCGUCUAGAGGCGUGUUUUUGGGUUAGAUAUGAUAUUUCAUGUGUUUUUUGAGUUAGAAAUGAUAUUUCAUACGUUCUAUACAUUGUUGGAAUCACUUUAUUACUCUUGUUUAUCUCUCGUGAAAUUCAUUGAAAUUCGAAAAGUAGAAGAAUUUCUGAAGAAAAAUGAAAAAUGAGAGAAGAAAAUGAUGAGGAACAAAUUCUGGAAAAUUAAAUUCUUUUAAAUUAAGAAAAAUUAAAUUGAAAUUUCGCUUUGAGAAAAUAAAACCCAUUUUAUUUUCUACGUCUAGAAACAUUUUUGAGAAGAAAAAAAUAGGGAAAAAAUUCCCACAUUUUUCAAAAUCAGUCAAUAUCUUCGCAGAAAUCCACUUUUAUUCUCUGUUAUAAAACGAUUGUUGAGCAAAUUAUUGGGUGUAAAUUUGUUUCCAAUGAACAAACAUGUUGGCCAUUCACUCAAUAGCCAAGGGAAUUUAAUUGUACAUUCAUGCUGCCGUAGAGUGGUGUAGUUGUUAAAUUGAUAUGUAGGAACACCAUUAGUGUCUACUGACCGUUGCUGAUAUAUUCCAUACGCAUCCAAAAAUGAAUCGAACGCACGCCUCUAGACCAUUUCAUUUCGACGAAAGUCAGUCGAAGUGAUCUACACCUCACCACGAACACACCAUCAUUUAAUGUAGAGACAAACUAGUGACUUCUGAAUUCUAAACAUUUAGAUAGAAUCAAUUUCAAACAACAAAAACAACCUUUUUUAUAUUUACUAAUUUAACACAAAUUGAAGAUCAAUAGAGUUUAAAUUCUAAUCUCCAUGUUGAAAAAAAAAAACAACAUUUACGAUUAAAUAGAUUUCUUAUUCGAUUUUAUUGUUAUUAUUGUAAAUAAGGACAGCAAUUCAAAUAAAUUCUAAAGAAAUAUUCUUUUUUCAUA